GCAGGGAGCCUGAGGGAUUUAGAGACUAGAGAUCCGGUUAGGGAAGUUUGAAGCAAUUGGUUAGCCUGCGUGGAGAGCGGUGACUGCUCCCUGCCCCGCAGCACCUGCAGUCCGAAUCAAGAGUCUCCGGUCCCACUUUCUUUUCUUCCAACUGGGACUCUCUCUGCUGGCCCUUCCUAGAAACUCCAGUCCAGGUCUUCCUCCCCUGCCCAGGUGACAGGUGUCCACCCUUUGGGGCCUAAGUUUUCAUCUUCGGAGCCCCUUCUAAACCUGGCCAGGAAUUUAGGAGAGCAUGGAGGAGGGAUGCCCUUGGAUCAGAGAGCCAUUCUAGUCUGCUGCUCCUGGGCGGAGGGAGCCGACUUCCUCCGUGGAGGCUAAUUAAUGGCCUAUCUAGGUGGCUAGGACAAGGGUAUCGGCAAAGCCCGGCCUGGAUAUACGCCCAGAAGGGGCUGUGGGCCUUCAAAGGCUCCUGGGGUUAGAAGGGUCUGAGAGGCUUUCCGAGCAUCUAAAAGUUCUUCAUCUUCAGGGGAUGGGAGGAGUGGCCGGUGGAGGCGAUGGGUAAGGAGUGCAAAAGCUCCCUGAAGGCCCAGGUGGAGUGGUCUCAGCGAGGGUGGAGGAAAGAACGGCCUCCUCUCCAGAACAGCUCAGAGCCUCUCUCAAUCCCAGAACUCUCUCCUACUCAGACUAGAAUGGGAAGCGCAGAAGCCCGGCCUUUCUUGGGAGAUGCUAGCUACACUACUCUUCAGAUCUUAAGGAAGGAUGUACCGUGGGCCCGCUGCACCGGGGGCCCAGAAUAUGGCUCUUUAAGGAGACUCGGAUCCCCGCCCCCAGCUGAGACUAAAGAGGCUGAAGUCUGGGAUCCCAGCGAGAAGUGAUUGUCACAACUGCGAACCAAUAGGCAGGACCUGGGGGCUCCGGCCGGAUCCAUGGGGGCUGCAAGCUGCGAGGAUGAAGAGCUGGAAUUUAAGCUGGUGUUCGGGGAGGAAAAGGAGGCUCCCCCGCUGGGCGCGGGGGGCCCUGGGGAAGAGCUGGACUCAGAGGAUGCCCCUUCAUGCUGUCGGAGCCAGCCAGCUCUGUGGGUGAGGCUGGGGGGGCCAGGAGGGAGUGCGGGGGGUUCUGGGGGCAGAAGUGUUCUUGAAUGUCCCAGCAUCCGGAUCACCUCCAUCUCUCCCACGCCUGACCCACCGACCUCGCUAGAGGACACGCCUGAAACCUGGGGGGACAGCUCUCCUAGAGAUUAUCCCCCACCAGAAGGCUACGGGGGCUACCGAGAGGCCGGAGGCCAGGGCGGGGCUGCCUCCUCCAGCCCGAGCCCUGGCAGCAGCAGCCUGUCUUCGUGGAGCUUCUUCUCCGAUGCCUCAGACGAGGCCGCCCUGUAUGCAGCAUGCGAUGAGGUGGAGUCUGAACUUAAUGAAGCAGCCUCCCGCUUUGGCUUGAGCUCUCCAUUGCCUUCGCCCCGGGCUUCUCCUAGACCAUGGACCCCGGAGGAUCCGUGGAGCCUAUACGGUCCAAGCUCAGGAGGCCGAGCGCCAGAGGAUAGCUGGCUACUCCUCAGCGCUCCUGGGCCCAUCCCUGCCUCCCCUCGGCCUGCUUCACCCUGUGGCAAGAGGCGCUAUUCCAGUUCAGGAACCCCAUCUUCGGCCUCCCCAGCUCUGUCCCGCCGGGGCAGCCUUGGGGAAGAGGGUCCAGAGCCACCCCCGCCACCCCCAUUGCCUCUGGUCAGGGACCCUAGUUCUCCAGGCCCUUUUGACUAUGCGGGAGCUCCAACAAACGAGAGCAUCCCUCAGAAAACCCGGAGGACUUCUAACGAGCAGGCGGUGGCCCUGCCUCGGUCUGAGGAGCCUGCCUCGUGCAAUGGGAAGCUGCCCUCCGGAACAGAGGAGGCUGUGGCUGCUCCAGGGGGUCUGCGGAAAGAGGUGACUGGUAUGGACUAUCUAGCAGUACCUUCUCCUCUUGCUUGGUCCAAGGCCCGGAUUGGGGGACACAGCCCCAUCUUCAGGACCUCUGCCCUACCUCCCCUGGACUGGCCUUUGCCCAGCCAGUAUGAGCAGCUGGAGCUGAGGAUUGAGGUGCAGCCUAGAGCACACCACCGAGCCCACUACGAGACCGAGGGCAGCCGAGGAGCGGUCAAAGCUGCUCCCGGAGGUCACCCUGUGGUCAAGCUCCUAGGCUACAGUGAGAAGCCACUGACUCUACAGAUGUUCAUUGGCACUGCAGAUGAAAGGAGCCUGCGGCCGCAUGCCUUCUACCAGGUGCACCGUAUUACUGGCAAGAUGGUGGCUACGGCCAGCUAUGAAGCUGUAGUCAGUGGUACCAAAGUAUUGGAGAUGACCUUGCUCCCAGAGAACAACAUGGCUGCCAACAUUGACUGUGCUGGAAUCCUGAAGCUUCGGAAUUCAGACAUUGAGCUCCGGAAGGGUGAGACAGACAUCGGGCGCAAAAACACACGUGUGAGGCUGGUGUUCCGUGUACACGUGCCUCAGGGCGGCGGGAAGGUCGUCUCUGUGCAGGCAGCAUCCGUGCCCAUCGAGUGCUCCCAGCGUUCAGCCCAGGAGCUGCCCCAGGUGGAGGCCUACAGCCCCAGUGCCUGCUCUGUGAGAGGAGGGGAGGAACUAGUGCUGACUGGUUCCAACUUCCUGCCAGACUCUAAGGUGGUAUUCAUCGAGAGGGGCCCUGAUGGAAAGCUCCAGUGGGAGGAGGAGGCUGUGGUGAACCCGCUACGGAGCAGCGAGGUGACACUGACUCUGACCAUCCCUGAGUACAGCAACAAGCGGGUAUCCCGGCCAGUCCAGGUCUACUUUUACGUCUCCAACGGGCGGAGGAAGCGCAGUCCUACCCAAAGUUUCAAGUUCCUACCUGUGAUCUUCAAGGAGGAGCCCCUACCAGACUCAUCUCUCCGGGGCUUCCCUUCCACAUCGGGUUCCCCCUUUGGCACUGACAUGGACUUCUCACCACCCAGACCCCCUUACCCCUCCUAUCCCCAUGAAGACCCUGCUUACGAAACUCCUUAUCUGUCAGAAAGCUUUGGUUAUAGCACACCCACUCUGUACCCCCAGACGGGGCCCCCACCAUCCUAUAGACCAGGCCUGCGGAUGUUCCCUGAGACUGGAGGUACCACAGGUUGUGCCCGUCCACCUCCGGUCUCUUUCCUGCCCCGCCCCUUUCCUGGUGAUCCAUAUGGAGGACAGGGCUCCUCUUUUGCCCUGGGGCUUCCAUUCUCCCCUCAGGCCCCCUUUAGGCCUCCAUUACCUUCCUCCCCACCACUCGAAGACCCCUUCAAUCCGCAGAAUGCUGUCCACCCCCUACCUGCUGAGGGCUACAAUGAGGUGGGGCCAGGCUAUACCCCUGGGGAGGGGGCUUCGGAGCAGGAGAAAUCCAGGGGUGGCUACAGCAGCGGCUUCAGAGACAAUGUACCUAUCCAGGGUAUCACCCUGGAGGAAGUGAGUGAGAUCAUUGGCCGAGACCUGAGUGGCUUCCCUGCACGUCCUGGAGAAGAGCCUCCUGCCUGAACCACAUGUAGUGGUCCCCGAAGCCCUGCCUCCUUGCCCUCUCCACUGGGGUGCUGGCUCCAGAAGCUUGGGGCCAACUCUAGUUUCUCUUUGCCCAGCUUCUAUCUUCCUGUCUCCUCUCCCAGUGAAGGUGUGGCCCCCAGGCCUGGUGCUGCCUUGAAAGGGAGUGAGAAUGUGGAGGGUAGGGCACGAGGGUGGAGACAGGCUGGAUGCCAGAACUGACUGGGAUGAAGAUGGUAUCCAGGCUGUGCAGGCUGUGAUCUGGGCAGGCUGGACAGGUUGAUGGGUAAUAAACUGCUCACUGACCAGCGA